UUCUCCGAAAGAGAUCAUCCCACUGCUUCCCAACUCCCACCCAAGUCUUCUCUUCUCUUCUCUGUUGUUGGAGGUCUAUCCGGGGCGGGCACAGGGAUCAAAUCGCUGUCUUUUCUAUUUCCUUCCGUCAAGUUCCAUGACUUGAAGAAGAAGUUUUUGCUGCGUCUGCAAACCCCUCCUGCUGUGCACAAUCGAAACGAAAGGGUGGCUAUGAAGUGCUUUUCAUUCUACAUUGGAGACAGGAAGCUUGAAUUGAAGACCACAAACUCUGCAUCAGUUAUGUCAAUGAACUCUAAUUGUACUGACCGUGAAGUUGGGAGAUCUGGGUCUGAGUUGAAUUCUCAAAAUAUAUCAACUACUAGUGUAGAAUCUAUGGCGAGGCCUAGCUACCCUAGUUUGUCCCAGAGACCCAGUAAUAUGAGAGUGUUCACAGUUUCUGAACUCAAGGCCGCCACCAGGAACUUCAGUCGCUCUGUUAUGGUUGGAGAGGGGGGAUUUGGAUGCGUCUACAGAGGCUCAAUAAAGAGCACUGAGGAACCAACCAAAAAGAUCGAAGUUGCUGUGAAACAGCUUGGUAAACGGGGAACUCAGGCAAGUCCUUUUCACCUUUGGAAGUGUUUUCUAUGGUCUCAUCUUGUCAGUGGUUCACAGGGGCAUAAACAAUGGGUCACAGAGGUCAAUGUUCUCGGGGUGGUCGAGCAUCCGAACCUUGUGAAGUUAGUUGGAUAUUGUGCUGAUGAUGAUGAACGGGGAAUCCAGCGUCUUCUCAUAUAUGAAUUUAUGCCUAAUGGAAGCGUGGAGGACCAUUUGUCCAGUCGGUCUGAAACAGCUCUACCGUGGAACAUGAGACUACGAGUUGCACAAGAUGCUGCUCGUGGCUUAACAUACCUUCAUGAAGAAAUGGACUUCCAGAUCAUCUUCAGAGACUUCAAAUCUUCAAAUAUCCUUCUCGAUGAGCAGUGGAAUGCCAAAUUAUCGGAUUUUGGGUUGGCAAGGCUUGGCCCAGAUGAAGGCUUAACUCAUGUCUCGACAGCGGUUGUUGGUACGAUGGGAUAUGCAGCUCCUGAGUACAUCCAAACGGGACGCCUCACAUCCAAAAGCGAUGUGUGGAGUUAUGGUGUCUUCCUCUAUGAACUCCUCACAGGUAGGCAGCCCCUUGACCGAAACCGGCCUAAGAACGAGCAAAAGCUCUUGGAGUGGGUGAAGCCGUACCUAUCAGAGAAGAGGUUCCCACAUAUUUUGGACCCUAGGCUGGAGGGGAGAUUCCGGCUAAGGUCCGCCCAGAAGCUUGCGAACAUAGCAAACAAGUGUUUGGUCAGAAACCCAAAGGCACGUCCGAAGAUGAGUGAGGUGCUGGAAAUGGUGAGCCGGGUGGUGGACUCAUCGACAGAGCCAUUGAGCCCUGAACGGAGUUUCAAGAGCUCGGUGUCAAUGGGAAACAAGAGAAGAGCUGAUUCAAGAGCGCGAGACCAUAGCAGAAGCAGGUGGUUUAUGCGAAUGUGCUCUCCAAGACUUGUCAAAAUAUGCUGAUAUCUGUAAUAAGCUCAACAACGCUCAUGUGGACAAGGUGUAAUACACAUUUGUUGUAGUCAUGGAAGCGUUGUUGUUAAGCUUGAUACAGAGAAAGAAAGAGAACUUGAUGUACGUGAAUACGAAAGAUGAAGUGUAAGUUUUGGGUCCGGGGAAGUGUCGGUCACCAGCCGGUAGAGUAGGCCUUGGAAAUAGAAUAGAUGCUGGCUUGUUAUUAGUUAAAGGUUUAAGAAGGCUUCCCCAGGGUCUGUCACUCUCCCAUUUUCUGGGUAAUGUUAUUGUUAGCAAAUUUGAUCGAAACUAUUGUAUUUUGGAGCUUUGUAACAUAUCCGACAUAGCAUCAGUUACGUAUAUAGACAGCGAUGUAUUUCUUGAUAAGAUGUAUAAUUUGACUAGUACUCUUGGCAAUUGUUAAAGGUUGACUUUUGAGCCU